UCCAAAAAUAAACGUGUAUCAUUUUUUGUGUACACAAGUGUCCUUCGACCUAUAACGUUUUUAAAUGUUACGAAUUAAGUAAAAAUUGUGAAGAAAAAAAGAACUGCCGUACUUACAAAUAAUAAAUGAACACGUAUACACUACAUGCAAAUAUUUAAAAAAAAAGAAUUGCUAGGCUCCAUCAUUUAAUAAAACCGAAUAUCCUACAAAAAAUAUUUAAUAGUUUUAAAAUUUUCAAAAUAGUGGCUUUAGUAUAGUAUACAAUCCUCUUAGUAUGUAGGCUUAUCAACGAGCUACAACAUUAGGCAUUUACCUAUUUAUUGAAACUUCUAUGCAAAAUUAUGUAGAACUAGUUUAGGUAUAUUAUUCUGUGCUUCUAGUUCAAGAUAAAAUAUGAAACUUUUAGGUAUUUUAAUAUCAUUUGCAUUGGUUGGACAUGUUUUGGUCACUAAAUUAGAUGACUAUAUUGAGGAGGUUAUCUUAACAAAUGAAGACAUCAAGCAAGCAAAAAAAUUCAUGCCGGAAAUAAUUAAACACAUUGUUGUGAACUAUGAAGAAUAUUGGCCGGAGGCAAUGGCUUUUAUGUUGGCGGUGCCGGAGGCACUUGAUGUUAAAUUAGCGGCAACAGAAUAUGAAAGUGACUCAGAUUCUGAUGAAAGUGACUCAAUUUCUGACGAGAAUAUUGAUGGUAAAUUGGAAGGACCGGGCCCUAGUCAAAAUCAAAUUCAAGAUCUAAAUCCUGGUCCAUCCACUGUUCCCGAAGAAGAUAUUGAAAUCCCAAAUUCCGAUGGUAAAUCAAUAAUAGAGCUUGAAGAAAAGCUACUGUUGCAGAAAAUGAUGCGAUUAGCAAUACUAGCUUUAACAGAUAGGUCAAAGUACGAAAAUAUUAUGCAAUCAGAAAUAAGUCCAGAUACCAUUCCAAUUCAAAGUCUAGAUCUAAAUUAUUCGCCUGAUUCCAAAAAAGAAAAUUUAGUCAGCCUUUUAGAAAAGAGAAGUAUUCGUCCUACAGCAGUUCCAAGAAAUAGAAUCAUCCGUUCAUUUCGCCUGACUACAUUGGGAAGAGCAAGAAGAGAAAUGGUUUUAGAAGCUUUAACAUUAUUAAUACGUAAAUAUACAUAUAGUCAAAACGAUCCAGUUUUCCAGGAUUUGUUCAUGAUGUGUCGUUUAGCAGCAGUACUUAGAAGUAUUAAAUAUCCACUUUCAUAUAUAAUCUUUACUCUUAUUACCAAAGAAUAUUGUUAUUUAAUAAGUCCAUUGAAACCUUACACAUACACAUACAAAUUCAAUAAUGGUGAAUUUUGGGAAAUAGACGAAAAUCGUCGUACUCUAAUUAAGCCGUUUUUAUCUGAGUUACAAUAAUUUGAAUCAGGAAUUAUAAUAAUAACUUUAUUUAUAAUGCAAUUAUUGUUUUGUCAAAACAAUUUUUUCAUACCGCACUAAUUUCCAAAUUGUCAAAAAAUUGAAUGUAUUUAAUAAUAAAUAGUUUUCAUCACGAUGAUAAAAAUA